UGGAUACAAAACCGGUGAAUUUAAAACUAGAAAGCCCUACAGAAACUUUUCUGAUGGAGUGACCGUCGAGUUCAGGUCGUGCCGGACACAACUGUUACCAACCGUGUCCGGCAUCGUACGAUUUUUCACGCUGAGUCACAUUGACCACGACCCUCAUAAACCCCGCUUCCCCGCUCCCAACCCCCUACUUCUUUUAGCCAAUAACCAUGUCCAGAGAAUUCACCAUCAAAGUGCCGGCGUCCAGCGCCAAUAUCGGGCCCGGGUUUGAUGUGCUCGGUGUCGGUCUCGCGCUCUACUUGGAACUCAAGGUCUCGGUCAACCCCUCGUUUCCAUCCACUAUCAAGGACCCUAAUCACUGCUACUUGUCUUACGACAGUGAGGGAUCUGUGCCACUUGGCUCGGACGAAAAUCUCAUCACGCGCACAGCGUUGUACGUGCUCCGCGCGUGCGCACGCGACGCCACGGCCAAGUUCCCAGAGAACACUCACGUGCACGUGGUCAACCCUAUCCCGCUAGGCCGCGGUUUAGGUUCCUCCGGGGCUGCGGUCGUUGCAGGUGUAAUGCUUGCGAACGAAGUGGCUGGCUUGGGCUUUGAUAAACAGCGUAUGCUCGACUUCUGCCUCAUGAUUGAGCGCCAUCCAGACAACAUCACCGCCGCGAUGAUGGGUGGUUUUUGCGGUUCGUACUUGCGCGAUAUGUCUGCGGAGGACGUGUUGUUACGCGACGUGCCGUUGUCCGAGGUAUUGCCAGAAAAGAAGCCGGAGCCAACGUCCUCGGUGGCACCACAGGAACCGCCUCAGGACAUUGGGCGCCACGUUAAGUACCACUGGAACCCGGCGGUCAAGUGCAUUGCUAUCAUUCCGCAGUUCGAGGUCUCCACCGCAAGCUCGCGUGCCGUAUUACCCGACUCCUACUUGCGUGCGGAUGUGAUCUUUAACUUGCAGCGCUUAUCAGUGCUCACAACUGCGUUGAGUGCAAACCCUCCUGACGCUAAGUUGGUGUAUGCGGCUAUGCAGGACAAGAUUCACCAGCCGUACAGAGCUGGGUUGAUCCCAGGGUUGACCGAGAUCUUGAGCAGCGUCACUCCGGAGACGCAUACGGGGUUGCUUGGGAUCUGCUUGAGUGGUGCCGGACCAACGAUUUUGGCAUUGGCCACCGAGGGCUUUGACGCGAUCUCGAGUGAGAUUACCGGCAGGUUUAAGAGGGAAAAUGAUAUCGAUUGCGUGGUGAAGGUGUUGGAGUUGGCACACGAGGGUGCUGUCGUGGAGUAUGUGUAAGCAUGAAUGGGGGACGCACACGAGCUUGAGCAGACACGCGACUAGUAUAGAUAUGUAGUGGAUGUAAAAUGAGUGUGUAGCCGAGCUCCAACGAAGAGAUGUGAGUUAUAAGGUUGUCAAUAUGUAAGGUCAAAAGGGAUUUUUUUUUUCAUAGAACGACGGUACAUGAAUCGGGAAGAAAGAUCUGACAGAUUCAUAAACAGUCUGAUAGAUGGGGGGAUCU